AUUCUAAACAGAUAAAUGUAAUGUGCUAAUACGCUUGCGACCUGGCAAACGUGAUAACGAGUUCAUUUCUUAGUAAAUACGCGAAAUUAUAAUUGUUCUGUGAAGCUAUAGAUUAGAAUCUAUGAAUUAAAUCCAAGAACUCAUCAAAAUGAUUAGCAGUCAUCAAACAUUCGAGGUUUACGCGAAAACGUAAUACGUAGCAUUCGUUAUUUUUCAAUUAAUGUCUUUUCAAAGGCUGUGGCGUUCUCAGAAAAAUAUUAUCAAAUCAAAGAAAAUUCUAUAAUUAUUUACGGGUGUUUACAAAUCCUGAUUUGUAAAUAGGUAUCGUAUUAAAUUGAAAACUCGGUUUUUUUUUAAAUUCACUCAGCAUAUUAAAAAUACUUGAUUUAGUUACAAUGCUCUUAAAAUCUCACUACAGUACUAAGUACGAGUACUUUAAUGGCAGUAUUCUUUAUAUAGUUGUUUCUAAUAAUAAUUUUCUCUAAUAGUCCACUGAUAAUGACAAUGAGAGGGAAUUCUUGCUUAUUUUGGACCAAAACAAGAAGCUGAAACGUGAAAUGGCUCUGUUAAACAUUCAACACACAGAAGCCAUUGAGGCCCGGGAUAGGCUCCAAUUCGUUGUGGACGAAUUCAAGCAGUGUAGCGAGGAGUAUGAAACCACUUUAAAUGACAAAACGCUACUAAAACAACAGCUACAUGAGGCCAACAGUCAAAUUUCUGAACUAGAAAUAUUAAACUUAAACAUCACGGCCGGCUUGAAUAAUAGUUUAUUCAGUGAAUUGGUGUCAGCCCAAGCUUCUCAACUACAAUAUAGUGAUGUAAAUUUAGAUUUAAAUCCAUUAACUUCAAAUCAGACUACAGAUAAUGAUGCAUGUCACCCAGUGAAAUUUGUUAGUUCUAGUCAUAAGAAGCUUAAGAAAUACAUAAGAAUCAGUAAAUUUAUAACUAAAACAAACAGAUUAGUAAAGAGACAAAAGUUCUUCAUAAAAAAUGUAAAAUUAAAUAGAGAACGUUUCCAGCUUCUGAAACAACUUAGUUUAUACUCAUCAAAAUUAAAUCAAAGUGCUAGGAAAUAUGAAACUGAUACCCAGAGCCUGCAGUCAGAACUAGAACAAUUAACAUCAAAGUUAGAAAUAAUGUCUAAUAAAUAUAGUGCUUCAGAAAGGCAGAUGAGGGAAUACAUGUUGGCAAUGAAUGAGUUGGUAAGCUCGCAGGAGAAACAGUGUGAGAAGUGCACUCCUGAUGCUAUACUGCCUGCUCUUUCUGUGCCAGCAUGUGAGACCACCUUACCUCAUGGUAAAGGUUUACUGUUUAAUAAUUGUAAUCCUAGUAAUCAUAAUAUUGGCAUUUUCAGUGAUGAGAUUGGAAAGAACUUAGGUUCAAUGUUGACAAAUGAAUUACCUGGACAGUCUACAUUUAAUCACUGUAUGCCCGGCUGUAGUUUUGGUAAUAUUUUGGAUAAAAUUAAUAAAUAUAGAUUUAAUCCAGAUUCUACCCUCAUUAUAAUGUGUGGUAACAGAGGUAGUCUUAAUAAAAAAAGUUUAAUCAAUUUCCAUAAUUCACUUGCCAAACUGAAUUUAAAGCAGAUAAUUAUAUUUGCAUUGCCUUAUAUAAAAUCAUUGCCACAGGAAGAAAACAAUAGUAGAUAUAAAAUUAAUACUACAUUGUAUAACUUAAGUAUUAAUACUAAUAUUCACUUCAUAGACACCAACAAUUAUGUUGGUCUUAAUAUAUAUAGGACAAAAGAUAGGUACUAUCUUUCAAAAUAUUAUUUAAGACAAAUAGCAAUGUCGCUAUCAUAUUUUUUUAAUAUAUCAGCCAAUAACUUGGCUAAACAGGUUACUCCUAUUGAGCAACCAAAAAAUAUUGACAUUCAUAAUGAGUCACCUAAUAUUUAUAAUUAAUAUUUAUAUAUAAUUUAAAUUAUU